CUAGCGUAGCGUACAUACAGGGAAGCGCGCUGUGGCGCAGCCGGCAGGUCGGCCUGGAGUCGUGGUGGCCCACACCACCGAUCACCAUACUUCGUAAUACACGGGGAUCAAGCACAUUAGCAAUGCCGGGCAAAACUACAACUGGAUCCGAUGGAGAGAUCUGCAGAAGAUGCAAGGAGCAACCUUCUGUGCUUGUGGUGCGCUCAGAACCUGUCUGCCAGCAAUGUUUUGCCCGCUACGUACAUACCAAGGCUAUCAAACGACUGGAGAGCUUUCGUGUCAGCUUUCAUUCUGAUGAAGAACGCAAGGUGUUGCUACCGUUAUCUUUUGGCGUCUCGUCGACUACUCUUCUCCACAUUCUGGACCUGCAUUUGAAGACCCAAAUGAGCAAGACCGGUCGCACAGGCUUUGCUCUUACCGUAGUUGCCAUCGGAAAUGCUGAAGGAACUCUGCCCACAGAACAGCUGCUCGAGAGGAUACGUAGUCAAUAUCCCGACUACGAAUAUGCAGUUUUGCCACUGCACGAUGUAUUUCGUGCAAUUCCCGGCGAUGACCCUCUGCGAGAUCUGGUCCCCAACUCGGCAGAAGGGGACGUUACUGAUUACCAAGGGCAGUUGACUCGCUUGAUAAAUUCAUUGACUUCAGCAACGGCUCGCGCAGACAUUCUAUCGACGCUUAGAACUAGACUGAUCGUCGAGCAUGCAAAGUCAACAGGAUGCCAGAGCAUUCUUUGGGGUGACAGUACUACCACACUCGCGGAGAAGACCCUUGCCGAAACUUGCAAGGGCCGAGGGUUUUCCUUGCCAUGGCAGGUAUCCGAUGGGAAGUCACCCUUUGAUGUGUACUUCCACUAUCCGCUUCGCGACGUGCUCAAGAAGGAGCUUGUAUCCUACACAGAACUCUCAGAACCUGGAUUGGGACCGCUGGUUCACGAACAUUCCCCUGGCGCAACACAAGCAUCUACAAGUUCGAAGAAUACCACAAUCGACGAUCUCAUGAAGCAGUACUUCGAGUCGGUAGAAGAAAAUUUUCCAAGUAUCGUCUCGAACGUGGUACGCACCUCAGGCAAGCUGCAGGUUCCUACAGGUGUAGAUUCCGAUCCGCGUUGCAGUCUGUGUAACAUGCCUGUAUCAGGCGGCCGAUUUGGGAUUCAUGGCUGGGGCGGGUAUCAACAAGAUGGUGUCGAGACAUCUCCCGCAAAUGGCAAAAACAUCUGUUAUGGAUGCACUCGAUCACUGCCUCAGUCCGCUACAAGCACUGUCAGCCAUUAAAGGACUACGACGAGUGGGUCGUCAAUUGCAUGCGUGCAGUUUGUCAUCCUGUCAUCCUAUGACAUACCGACUCUUGAAAAAUUAGUUGCUGAACAUUAGUGGAAAGUCGAUGUUCCACUCUUCCUAAGAUUCGUGCCUUUUGUUGAGCUG